CGGCCUUCUGCAGUGUCUAACGUGAGUACGCUCAGGCAGCGGAAAACAUGGCGAUGUCCUUGUGUGUGAGGGCGCUGCGCCUCACCCGGGCCGCCCGGCCGCUGCUGCUGAGGAGACCCGCCGCCCUCACCCGCUCCGUGCACACCGCGCCCCAACAGCCCGCUGCCUCCUCCUCCGUCACCGCCGAACACCAACACACAGGGGGACCCGAGGAGGAGCAUGAGGAGGAGGUGAACAACAUGUUCCUGAAGAACCCAGAUUCAUUUGGCUUCAGUGAUGACCCCGAAGCUGACUUGUGGAACGCACGCUUUGCCUUCUUCACUAGUGUAACACUCUGCCUGGUGUUGGGAACCGCGUUUGUAUAUUACAUCCCAGAUCCAAGGAUGAAUCGUUGGGCCCGAAAAGAGGCAGAGCGUUUGGUGAAACUGAGAGAAGCACAGGGGCUUCCCCUCAUGCCUGAAAACUACUACGACCCCGACAGCCUGGUAUUGCCAGAUGAUGUUGAUGAUGAAGAGUAACCUCCUACUUUGUUCUUGUAGUGCAAUAAAUUAUAUGUUGGACCUGUU